AUGAUUGAAGUGCACGAGGAUGUCGUCCCGUCCUCUCCUCCAUCGCUCAGUGCAUCUCACGAUACUCUGCCUUCGUCUCCUCCUCCUAUGAAACCGAAGAAGAAACCUCCAGUUACUCCCCGAUCGUUUCGACGCUUCUUCACUCCAAGGUCCUCGCUCAACGCUCCCAACACCCGAAGCCGCUCUAUUCGCAACGCUCUACAGGAGAUAACUUCUUCACCAGCCCUCAACCGGCUAGGACCAGCUUUUCCAGGCGUUUCUGAGGGGAAUGAAUGUGCAAUUGCCAGCUCGUCGCCCUGCCAGGACCCGUUUCGCACGCCUACCAAGAAGAGAAAGCUAUCAUUCUGCGGGUUAAGCUCUCCGCCGCUUCAGUCGUCACCACUACGAAGGGUGCGAAUUGCGCCCCCUAUCUUUAGCGAUGUGUCCCCGAAGAGAAGCAGUCUCUUCCAUCCCGGUGAAAUAGUUCCAGCGCAGCCAGAGAGCUUGGUUGAGCCAUUACCAAUGCCAGCUCCGUUACGUCGAUCCAAAGUUCUUGCUCGUGCUUCGCCUAGCCUAUAUGCACGUAAUUUUGGCGUGUCUCGAUCUUCCCGGACAACUAUUCGAGCUUCAAAUGAUGCCAACUGGCAGGAUGAAACAGCAAACUUCUACAGUCAGCCGGAAGACCUUCACCCAUGCUGGAAAGGCGAAAAUCCCGUCUCGCCUUAUUGCACCGCUUCAUGCAACACCAAUUCUUUAGUUGCCAUUGGCGACGAAGCUGGCGGUAUUAGGUUGCUUGACACGUCUCCGGAUGACAAGAAAGGCUUCUCUAGUGCCUAUUUAUCGUUUCCGUCCAUGCAUAAAAACUCCAUCAUGGAUCUCGAAUUCUCCAGUGAUGACAAGCUGCUGGCCACAGCGUCUGGAGACCAAACCUCACACAUCAUCGAUAUGGCUACGCAAACCCCCAUCUAUUCUUUAUCCAAACAUACAUGCUCUGUAAAAAGAGUGCAGUUCCAGCCUGGAAGUAACAACAACGUGGUGGCAACCUGCAGUCGAGAUGGCAGUGUCAAUAUAUGGGAUCUGAGAUAUAAAGCAUACGAUAAACCUGCUUUGCGACUGCAAUGCUCUCUUGGUGACGAUGACGAUGAUUCUCUCAGGCCUCCCGUCAAGAUGAAAUACGCCCAAACAUCCAAAACAAUUGCAGGCGCACAUUUGGAGAGGACUCGUACCAAGUCAGAGCAGGAAUCUCAACUACGGCGUGAUGACACCACCGUGACUUCGAUUUCGUUUCUGCAGCCUGGCCGUGAACACCUGUUCGUUACCUCGUCGGAAUCAAACGCCUGUGUGAGACUCUGGGACCUGCGGACAGCAUACUCUCUUCGACGAGCUGCCGUUCCGCUAGCUUCGACCCGUCAGCCAGAUAGCCAUUCCCGCUUCCGGCAAUUCGGAUUGACCUCCUUGACUUUUAACACCGACGGCAGCAGAUUAUAUACCCUGUGUCGAGAUGGCACCAUCUAUGCAUACUCGACCCCCCAUUUACUCCUCGGGAACUCUCCCGAAAUGUCACAACCUAAUAACACCCCCGGACGACGGUAUCCUGCAGAGGAAGCCAAAGCCGGUCUAGGCCCUCUGUACGGUUUCCGCCAUCCACGCCUGAUGGUUAGCUCGUUUUUCGUCAAACUCAGCCUCCGUCGAGCAGUGGAUGAUAAGUCCGAACUCCUAUCUGUUGGAAGCAGCGACAAUUGCGCUAUCCUUUUCCCUACUGAUGAGCGUUACCUUACUCCCUCCCUCGCAUUGUCCAGCAACACACCUCCACCUCCACCUACAACUACAUCUACAUCUGUACCACCAACGCAGCCCCAGGCUGGACAUCACCGUCUCCGCAGCAGCCUUCGAAGGUCUAACUCUAGCUCAAGUCUCCCCGAGAGAUUAGAGCAUACUAUCCCUAUAUACCAACAUGGAACUCCUUUAAUCGAAGGUCAUAAUAAAGAAGUUACUGCCGUCUCAUGGGCACAUGGAGGCGAGUUGAUUACCGUGAGCGACGACCUAAAUGCUAGAUGCUGGCGUGAAGGCCCAGCUGCUCGAAAACUCCGACUUAAUAAGGAUAAUGAUGGUCAGCGAUGGCAGUGUGGCUGGGCAGAUGUCAAGGACCCAUCAUAUGAUGAUGACGAAGCGUGA